GACAGCGGUGAAGCCUUCUGGGCGGGGCCUGGGCCGGGCAGCUCCUGAGGCCGAGAUUUCACAUCGGAAACAAAACAGGCGCUGCUCGCGAAGGAACCUCGGCUGCGGGCGGUCGUAGGAGGCGGCGGCGAGGAGGAAGUAGACCUAAUCCAGGAGUUUGCAAGUGACAGCAACCUGUGAGGUCCUUGGGAAGCUUGGCCUGGAGGAGACACAUGAAAGAAAGAACCGCAGGAGGCUUUGUUUUCUGUGGAAAGGUAUUUCUGUACAGUUGCUCCAAUGACAGAGUUGCCUGCACCCUUGUCCUACUUCCAGAAUGCACAGAUGUCCGAGGACAACCACCUGAGCAAUAUUGUACGUAGCCAGGGGGCGGCGCGGAACAUGGCGGGCGUCGGUGAUGCGGCGCUGGCAGCGGGCGGCAGUAGAGGCGCUGCCGGCCCUGAUGGGCCCCGACCAGAGCGGGACAGCAGCGGGAUGGUGGAGCAGCAGUUGUCUGGGGUUAGAGAUAAAGGCACGAAGAUCUUUGUGGUGACGGGACCAUCCAGCGUCCAGAAUACAGAGUGGACACAGGGAGGCACAUCGAAUGACAGUAGAGAACGGCAUGAGCACAGCAACGAAAGGCGGAGGCGGGGCAACCCUGAGCCAUUAUCUAAUGGAGGACCUCAGGGUAACACACUGCAGGUGGUGGAACAAGAUGAAGAAGAAGAUGAGGAGCUGACACUGAAAUAUGGCGCCAAACAUGUGAUCAUGCUCUUUGUCCCCGUGACUCUCUGUAUGGUGGUGGUGGUGGCUACCAUCAAAUCAGUCAGCUUUUAUACCCGGAAGGAUGGGCAGUUAAUCUAUACUCCGUUCACAGAAGACACCGAGACUGUGGGCCAGAGAGCCCUGCACUCGAUUCUGAAUGCUGCUAUCAUGAUCAGCGUCAUUGUUGUCAUGACUAUUCUCCUGGUGGCUCUAUAUAAAUACAGGUGCUAUAAGGUCAUCCAUGCCUGGCUUAUUAUUUCAUCUCUAUUGUUGCUGUUCUUUUUCUCAUUCAUUUAUUUGGGGGAAGUGUUUAAAACCUAUAAUGUUGCCGUAGACUACAUUACUAUUGCCCUCCUGAUCUGGAAUUUUGGUGUGGUGGGAAUGAUUGCCAUUCAUUGGAAAGGUCCACUGCGACUCCAACAGGCGUAUCUCAUCAUGAUCAGUGCCCUCAUGGCCCUGGUAUUUAUCAAGUACCUCCCAGAAUGGACUGCGUGGCUCAUCUUGGCUGUGAUUUCAGUAUAUGAUUUAGUGGCUGUUUUGUGUCCAAAAGGCCCACUUCGUAUGCUGGUUGAAACAGCUCAGGAAAGAAAUGAAACUCUCUUUCCGGCUCUCAUUUACUCCUCAACCAUGGUGUGGUUGGUGAAUAUGGCAAAAGGAGACCCAGAAGCCCAAAGGAAGGUAUCCAAAAACUCCAAUUAUAAUGAACAAAACACAGGGAGUGAGUCACAGAACCCUGUGACAGAGAGUGAUGAUGGUGGCUUCAGUGAAGAGUGGGAAGCCCAGCGGGACAGUCGCCUGGGACCUCAUCACUCUACAACUGAGUCACGAAGUGCUGCACAGGAGAUUUCCAGCAGCAUCCUAGCCAGUGAGGACCCAGAGGAAAGGGGAGUAAAGCUCGGAUUAGGAGAUUUCAUUUUCUACAGUGUUCUGGUCGGAAAAGCUUCCGCCACAGCCAGUGGAGACUGGAACACCACCAUAGCCUGUUUUGUAGCCAUCUUAAUUGGUUUGUGCCUUACAUUAUUACUCCUCGCCAUUUUCAAGAAAGCAUUGCCAGCUCUUCCGAUCUCCAUCACCUUUGGGCUUGUUUUCUACUUUGCCACAGAUUAUCUUGUGCAGCCCUUUAUGGACCAGUUAGCAUUCCAUCAAUUUUAUAUUUAGCAGAUUUGUGAUGAGACUUCCAUGGAUUUUUCUCCUUUGACUAUAAUAAAAUCUGGGAAGAACAACGGUGAUUUUCCUGUGUCUACACCUAACAAAGUCACAAUCCCAGCUGGACUUUUUGUAGCUUCCUUCCACGUCUUCCUGGCCACCUGCACCAUUGGCCAUUGGACGGAGGUGUCUGCAGAAAAUGGUUCUGAACAUACAUCAUUGUGGUGGACAGAGCCCCUUGGAAAAAACUACCAGAUUUAGGGACAAGGACAAAGAAAAAUGAUGGGCCAAAAAGUUGCUGUGCUCCCACCAGCAGCUUCAGAGGUGGAUUCUACCAGCACUGCCGACUCUCAGGGCUGCCAUCAGCACGGUGUUAAAUGGAGUGGUUAAACCAAACAGGACUCAUCAUAAACGUGUGUAAACCCAAUCAGUCUGUAUGGAACUCUAAACCUUUUCAGGAGGUACUGUGAGGAAAGCAGGUACCAGCAGCAAAAUGGGAAGGUGAAAAGGGGUUCAAACUUUCUCUCUCAAACUUUUUUUGCUGCAAACUUACCAUUUUUUAAAUAAGACUUUUUUUUCACCUUGGGUCAAGUCAGAUGUGUAAGUUGAUUUUGACGAUUUUUGUUCUCAAGCACUGAAACUCAUUACCAUCUAUGGUUGCCAUUUCCUCCCAAGGCCAGUAUGAAUUUAUUUGAGGUUGCUUCAUCUCAAAAGUGUUAACCUCAGGUUCCAAGUUCAGUAAUUUCUGGAAAUAAUGGAACUAUAACAACGAUUCUCCAUCACCCUUAGGUAAUUCUGGUUUUGCCCUCAAAUUCCUAAUUUUUAGACAGCCUUGUAGGUUUGCUUGCCCUCAAUGCCUUCUUUGUUCCCCGUCUCUCCCUUCACUCCCCCCAUACACGGUUCUUUCAUAAGACAGCUCUGUUGUGGAAGCAGACGAUCCGUUAUCUAGGAUUUCCUUUGUGUGGUGCACAGAAUGUGUUAUGAAUCAGUGCUAUCAGCCUCGCUGUCAUAAUUUCUCAGUAGCAAAUACAGUGUGUGCCCAAAGACAGUCGCAUUAAAGAAGAGGAAAUGGGUGGUGAAGCACUUUCUGUCCUGUUUUUCUUUUUUUAGUUCAACCGAGUGUCUCUGACAGUAGGUCAGAGUUCAGACCGAUAGCCAGGAGCUGGUGGUUUAGAAAGGCAGGAAUCAGGUGUGUCUGUGCCAAGCAGGCGAUGAGGAACCCAUUAUUGCCCGCGGUGAGCCGGCGGAGAGCCAGGUGCCAACAGAAGAAAGAGGGGCCUCCACAGCCAGUGGCACCAGAUGAGCUCAUGUCCUGUGGGCAGAUAAGGAGGCCCAAGUGACUCCUCCAGAACCUCUCAGUGGGCGCUUGGUGGUUUCCCUUCUGCCUUGCCUUUUGUCUCCGUGUACCUUUGUGUGAACUGGGCAGUGGGGUCAGGCCCAGGCCGUUCAGCUGGACACGCACAUAAACAGAGCCAGUGCCUGUGGGCACACGGCACCUCUAAGCGAGGCUUUGCCAGGGCACAACCCUUCUGGUGCCGCAGGCCGCCCUGGGCCAGUGACCAGACCCUAAGCGUCUGUGAGGAACGUAGUCUCCAUCUGGCGGGAGAGAGACCCGCGCUUCCUCGUCCUGCUGCCGCUUUCUCCCAGCCUGUCGUACAACCCGGGCUGGGCUGCUUCUCCCGGAGGGUAGGGUGUUUGCUUCCUGCCGUGGGCUGUCUCCCAGAAACGGCCUUGAGGAGCAGCGUGCUGGGACUGACCUGACUGCAAUGAAAACUGGCUCGUAUUGGGCGGCUGAGAACUGGGGGGAAAACAGCCAUGCAAAGAAAGCCAGGCUGAGAGGAGUAGGUGCUCUCCUGUGUUUUUGUUUGUUUAGCCCCUUUUUUCCAAGAUUCUCUUUUUCUCCUCAGACAUGUGGCAGUGUCGUGGGUACUCCAGAAAGACACACCUUUCAACAGCUACCGCAGAGCCCCCUGAGCACCAGUCUGAUCUGAAGCGCCUUGAGGGAACCCUAAUCUGGAGAAAUUUAUCUGUGCGAGGGUCCUCCUCUCAGAAGGGGGUGUGCGCGUGUGUUUAGAUGCUGUUACUGUCCCGGGUAGAAAGAUUGCAAUAAAUCUGUCACUUUCUACAAGAUGGAACCACAUCUCAGCACGGAGAGAGCACAUCGUCAUCUUUAAUCACCAGUCUCAGACACAGAACUUUGUUUUCAAACCUUUUAGAAUCAAUUCAGUCAUUCGUGAAAUUUCAAAAUGCUAGUCUUCCACCGGGAAAUAUCGAUGGUCACUGAAGAGAACAGUAGCAAGUCCACUCAACCGGGGGUGACCAUGGGGCCAGGCCACACAAAUGAGAAAGCCUGGCCAGCCGGGCCAGCCCACUCAAUGAAAGGAAGGAAAACAGUAGGAAAAAGUGGCUGCUAACGUCUGGGUCUGGCCGGCGGCAGAAUGAAGGUUUUGUGUACAGCAUGGCGCUACAGACCAGCCUGUGGAAGUACCAACCACAUUUGGAAGAUGUUUAGUUUUUUCAAAGAGGAAGGGCUCGCUUUCCUGUGUUUGAUUCUUGGUAGGUUAGUGUGUGGUCUUAGGGUCACAGCUCUCUGUAUGAAUGACUAAAUUUCUUGAUGAGAAAAAAAAUAGAAGCUUUCUGAGCAACUUCAAACAUUCAUAAGUGAGCAAAUUGCGGAUUUCACUAUGGAAGCAACAGUCGUCUUGUUCAUAAUUUGUAGAAUGUGAGGCAGAAGUUCAGCUGCCUCCAGGGCCGGGCGUCCCGAGGAAGCCUCUGACCCUGUGCCCGGUGCCCAGCCUCGCAUGUUCCCCGCUUGUGAUCUAGCCCUGGGGGAAAAGUUCCGACACGACUACGAAAAGGUUUGUUCAAUCUCUUCCGUGGCGCUGGAGUCUGAAGACGCAACAGUGAGUAAGCUCCGUCUUCAGGUGGUUGAGCGCCGACCCAUGAACCAGGAGGUCACAGUUUAGUUUGAUCCCCAGGAGAGGCUGUGCAGGAGGCAGCCAAUCAAUUCCCUCUCCCUCUCUGAAAUCAAUAAAAAACUUUUUUUUUUAAAAAAAGACCUAUCAGAAUGCAGCUGUAGUCUCUUGUUUCCUGGCAUAUGCCAUCUUUAACGUCUCCAAAAUAUCGGGUACAGGUCAUUAACGCCCUUCACGGUUACUGUUGUUGAGCACUUAUAAUAUUGAUGUUACAAAGGGGACGUGAUUUAGGAAGAGACUUGAAAACUGGACAUUUGGUUUUGCUCUGGGAAGAAACAGUAUCACCAUCAUAAGUGUGAGCCCAGAAGUGAUCUUGUGAUUUCUCUGGUUUUUAAAACCCCCAAAACGCAGAAGAUGAAAAACUGUUUCAGCUUCCACAGCCCUCGUUGGAACUGCCGAGCAGAGCGUACCAACAAGGCUGCCAGCGUGCUCGCGUCCCACAUCUGAAGGCACCGGGUCCCCCCCUCUGCUAGGAAACACCACAGAUGUGUGUAUUAAAAACCAGCCUGGAGCUGAAAUGAACCCCUUUCUUGAACGUCAGAGCUUUCCCAGGGCCUCCGGCAGCUGCAACAUCGCCCCGAGGAAGUAGCUGGGUCCCCCAGGGCCCCGGAGUGCCGUGUUAGCACUUCAGUCUGAUCUGCGUAGCAGGGAGGAUUUGCCAGAAAGCAAUUUUCCUUUUAAAAUAAAUAAUUGUUGCAACAGGGCAGCUUCAAACUCAACUGUCUGGAGGGGCAAGGCCAGGCCUGUUCUGUUUCCUGUGUGAUUGGCGGGGCUGGGAUGCGGGUUCAGCGGAUCAUUUACUCCCACGUGUUCACGGUCUGGCUUUUGCUCCUGCAGACACUGCCCUGUACGUGAUUCAGACAGACUGUGGAUGCAUCUUUUUAAAAUUCCUUUCAAGUUCUUGGUAAGAUGGUUAUUUUGAUAGACGGUUGCAGAUUUCCCUGUGUUUGUCAGAGGAAUAAAGGCUGCGUGGAUCC